UUGUCUGUAAGACAGAUUAGGAAGGCCUAUUUACAUUUACUUUUUCUCCAUCACAUCCAGAGGGAGGGAUCAGGCCAAGCACCUUGUGAGGUGCCCUAUCUCCUCCAAAGAUGCUUGGGAUCUGCAGUGGCACCAGGCUAGGAUUUCACCCUUGGAGUUCAUCAGCUUAAACAUUUUAAGGGGAAAAUGUGACAGGGAAAGUGUGGAGCAGGAAGACAUAAAAAUUGGAUAUUUGCCGAAUUAGCUGUAAAGGAGAGACUGAGAGGUCCAGCAUGUGUUUUGCCUCAGGAUGAUUCAGGUGUAUCUGAUCAAGAAGCUGUGAUGGCCCUCUCCCCAGGAGAGGAUGAGAGACUGGAGCUAUGGCACAGCAAGGCUUGCAAAUGUGAUUGCCAAGGAGGCCCUAACUCAGUGUGGUCCAGCGAGAAUAAUGGCUUAGAGUGCAUGCCAGAGUGUCCCUACCACAAGCCUCUGGGCUUUGAGUCUGGUGCUGUGACCCCAGACCAGAUCAGCUGCUCCAACCCUGAGCAGUACACGGGCUGGUACUCCUCCUGGACAGCCAACAAGGCCCGCCUCAAUGGCCAAGGCUUCGGGUGUGCAUGGCUCUCCAAAUACCAGGACACUGCACAGUGGCUGCAGAUCGACCUGAAGGAGGUGAAGGUGAUUUCGGGGAUCCUCACACAAGGGCGCUGUGACGCUGACGAGUGGAUGACCAAGUACAGUGUACAGUUCCGCACCGACGAAAACCUCAACUGGGUGUACUACAAGGACCAGACUGGGAACAACCGGGUUUUCUACGGCAACUCCGACCGCUCGUCCUCGGUGCAGAACCUGCUGCGGCCGCCCAUCGUGGCCCGCUACAUCCGCCUGAUCCCGCUGGGCUGGCACGUGCGCAUCGCCAUCCGCAUGGAGCUGCUCGAGUGCCUGGGCAAGUGCGGCUGAGCGCUGUGUCCGGAGGGCUCCCCGGGCCUGGGUGCCUGCGCAGCCGCCAGGCCUCGCCCCGCCGCCCUCCUGGG